UCAUCUUCGGUACUAGCUUCACGUAACAAGGUUGUGAUCGCCUUGACACUUUGGUACCUGCGUUGCACACCCAUGUAGUCAAAAUUCUAGUUCGUUAUUGUACCAGCGGUACAGAAGCAGGCUGCAGUAUAAGAACAUCUCUCGCAGCCGCCUGCUCUUACACACCACACACUCAACGCGAACGUCCAUACCAGCAGCAAAAUCGACGAACAAUCCCUUCAAGAUGGACACCACCCCGGAAAAUAAUGAAAAGUCGCCCGAAAUGACUGACAUCAUUCUUGACAAGGACGGCGAUGUUAUAUUUCUGGUUGGAGAUGGCGACGUAUCCGUUUCUCGAAUAAGAGUUUCUUCUAAAGUUCUCAUCCUAAGUUCUCCGGUCUUCGAAGCCAUGUUCACUCACGGGUUUGCCGAGGGCCAUAAUCUAUCAGCUACCUCCCCACGAGUAAUACCGCUUCCAGAUGACGGUGUGUUAGCGAUGACACUUCUCUGUCAGAUCAUCCAUCAUAAGCAUCAAGAUGUGCCUAAGGCCCUGGGUAUGAAUCAUCUAGUUGAGCUCACAAUCUUAUGCGGCAAAUACGACUGUGUCCUCGCAGUCCAACCUUGGGGAAUGAUUUGGACCACUGAGCUGCUACCUCGCGCUGUUGAAGAAGGAUUUGAAAAGCUGUUGUUCAUUACAUAUGGCCUCGACCUUGCAGAGAAUUUUUUCAAGCUUACCGAACACCUUGUCAAGAACCGCCUAGUAAAAAUUGAAGUCGCUAACGCGAUUCCUGGGUACGAGGGAGACCCCGAAUUAUUCCAGGCUUCCCUACCAGAAACCUUGGAAGAAGCACGAGCAGAACGAAUUCAAAAGGUGCUCGAAGCUUUCGAAAGUGUCAUGAUCCCCUUUCUCGACGGCCCCUACACGACCCGCGAAUGUCAACGCAGUACCGUCACAGACUACUUCCAUAGCCUGAGUGCAGCUGGCUUAUGGCCUCUUUCGCGCCGUCUCCAGGCCUUCACAAUCCCCCAAAUCUUGAAAAUACUGGACAAGGUUUCCCUACCUCGUUCUGAUACCUGCGAGUGUGAGAUUUGGGAGGGGGGAUGCCAUCUCCAAAAAACCAGCCCCGAUGGCAUCAUACCAACUCUCUGUGCAGGACUCCAAGCUAUUGAUAAGGCCACCACUGGCAUCUGCUUGGAUUGUUGGAGGGUAGGAAGGGAAGCCUACGAUAUGCAGGAGUGCCGCGUGAAGCACUGAACAAGAAAUUGUAGACCGUUUAAGCCUUGUCUGCAACUGCCUGGAAUCUGUCCAUAGUAUCUUGGAAUUAUAAAAUCGAUUGUCUUUAAGAAAUUAUUAAGCACUGCAGGCUACCUUAGACAGGUGUGCACUUGUCUGCCAAUUCCUGGAUUCCAUCGAUGCUGUCUUUUUCUAAGAAAAAUGGCCUCAGCACUC